AUGAUGACGUGCCGUCUGCUGUGCGCCCUGUUGGUGCUUGCCCUGUGCUGCUGCCCGUCCGUGUGCGCGGCAGGUGAAGAGGAAGAAAAUAAAACCGAACAAAAAACCGUUCCAAAGGGUGUCGGGAAAGAGGGACCAGGUCAGGAAACGGAUCCGCUUCUUACAACUCCUCAGCCACAGACAAGAGAGGAGGGGGAUGGGAGUGAGGAACAGGAACCAAAUAUGGCGCUUCAUACGUCACAGGAAACGGGUACAAUAAAAGAAACAGCAGAGUCACAAAAUACUUCCAAUAAUACACAGGAUCAGGAACAAGAAGAUGGGCAAUCCACUAAGGAAGAGACUGAAAAUACGAACACUAACACGUCAAAUGAACAACACAAGGAAUCAAAUGCACCAACAACGACCACGACGACAACUACUACAACGACGACGACCACCACCACUGCGCCCGAGGCACCAAGUAUUACGACUACAGAGGCACCAACCACGACGACCACCCGCGCACCGUCACAUCUUCGCGAAAUGGACGGCAGCCUCAGCAGCUCUGCGUGGGUGUGUGCCCCGCUGCUGCUCGCCGUAUCCGCGCUGGCGUACACCACUGUGGGCUGA